AUAUUUUUGUCAAUUUAUAUAGAGAGCAACAUGCAUAUCUUCACAUAUGUAUAUGUAAGUCGAUGUGGCGAGGUAAGUAAACCUUAGUUUAAAAAUGUUUAGUUUAAUUAUAGAAGCUAACUACUUCGCGCAUAGCUAAGCGUAUAAAGUGGUUUUAAAAUCGGAUUUCGUUACUGUUAUCGAUACUGACGACAACGUCGACGAUGGUUAAAUAGAUAAUAACGGCGUUUGAAUGAGCUUUAGGAAGGGAGCGUAAUCAGUUGAACGUAAUGUAACAUAAAUGCGCAGACUACUUUUCAAAAAGUAGUAUUGAGAAACAAUAUACAUAGAUCGUAAGAGAACAUUCGAAGAGUACAUGAAAGACGAGAUGAAUAUAUGGUUGUUAAAAAGUUACGCGUGUAUCACUGUGCUAUCGAUAUGGACUCCAGCCUCUUACGCGCUACUUGGAAACGCAUUUUUUCUUCGCAACAUUCGUCUGUUUGCCUUCUUUACGAACAUCGAAUCAUCAGUGGAACUGGAUAGCGCGUAAUUCAAAGGGGAACGAUAGAAGAGAGGAAUUUUCUGAAAAUAUCAAUUGUCUCGAUAAACAUUCUCGAUUUACUUGCCGAAUGGAAUCGCCGAAGCACGUGACAUAAAUCAACCGAUGCUAAUCAUUAAAAAUAAGGUGGCUGCGAAGCAAGCAACGAGAAGCGAUGGACAAGAAUCAUUCGUAUCUCUUAGGAUCGAAGAAAAGGAAGAAGAGAAAGAAAUUAACUGCACGGAUCGUUCUAUAUUUGAUUUUCCCGACGAUUUGUUCACGUACAAAGAACGUCGUCACGGAGCCGUAGUGUUGCAUACCUUUCUCGGAUUAUAUUGUUUUCUAUUGACAGCAUUCGUUUGCCAUGAUUAUCUAUUACCAGCUAUCGACUGCAUAUGCGUCAGUAUGAACAUAAGCACCGAUGUUGCUGGAGCGACGUUUCUUGCUAUGAGCAGUUCCUUCCCCGAAUUAUUCGUGAAUAUAAUUGGAACGUUCCUAACCGAGUCAGAUCUUGGUGUUGGUACUGUUGUCGGUAGCGCCGUAUUCGACACGUUUGCAACUCCUGCCUGCGGAGCGUUAACGAUUCUUUGCGCGAUACCGUUAGAAUGGCGAAUAUUGUCACGAGACUGUGCAAUGUACGUGGUAUCUAUAGGAGCAUUGGUAGCAAUAAUGUGGGAUCGUCGGAUUCAUUGGUACGAAGCCAUGAUUUUGAUAAUGUUGUUCUGCAUUUACCUAAUCUUGCUCUUUUGUGGCAAAGGUAUUUGGCAGUGUUGCGGUAAAAUCGUUCCUUUUAAUUCUAAAUCCGCGACAAAGUUGUCUAACGUUGGAGAGAAGUUGCCUCGUAAUGGCUCUUACAAACUGCGCUCUCCAGAUGAUGUCGUUGUGGUUAAUCCUAGUAAGAACGUGGAUAUUAAAAAAUUGGAAAGUCAACAGCAUGAUCUCGAAAAUGUUCUAGAAAAUUUUGACAAAUCGCUGGAACGUUCUGUUUCUGAAUAUUUAUUUACUUGGCCAAGGGAACGAACUAUGACUGGAAAAUGUUGGUUUAUGUUUGGUUGGCCAUUGAAAUUUUUGCUCUAUGUAACGAUACCAGAUGUCAGGAUCGAACGAUUGAAACGCUGGUAUCCACUGACAUUCAUUAUGUGUGUGAUUUGGAUCGGAAUAUCUUCUUAUUUGGUUUCUUGGAUGACGACGGUUGUCGGUGAUACAAUAGAUAUCCCGGAUUCCAUUAUGGGUCUUACAUUUCUAGCUGCUGGUGGAAAUAUGCCGGAGCUUGCGUCCAUCGUGAUUUUAGCCAAACAAGGGGACGGAAAUAUGGCGAUGAGCAAUACGUUGGGAGCAAAUAUUCUCGACAUUUUACUUUGCUUGGGCUUACCGUGGACAAUAAGUUGCCUAAUGAAAGGAAGAGAAGUGGAGAUCGUAUCAGGAGCUAUAUCCUACAGUGUACUUACAACAGUUGUUUGCAUAGUAGUUCUUUAUACAGUUAUAGCAUGUUUCAAUUUUAAAUUAAACAAAAAAGUAGGAAUCAUAUGUCUGGUGUUAUACACAAUAUUUUUAAUAUUUGCUAUUCUCGUAGAAUUGAACGUUUUCUUUUUUGUAAAUUUACCGAUGUGUCCUCAUAUGGAUGAAUUAUAUUGAUUGAUUUUGUA